UUUGUAGACAUGUAACAGAUGAGCUGUUCAGCGUAGUUCCUAACUACAACUAACCAAUCAGAGGGCUGGAUUCUAGUCACGUGAUACUGAUCAACCAAUCAAAGAGCUGUAUUGCUACUCCUAGAUAAUGUGGUUUCCGUGGAGUGACUCUAUCAAAACCAGACUAUGUCGCUUUCUUCUUCACCACUACAUUGGUCACUAUCUAGAGGAGAAGCUAUCGUUAGAUCAGAUGAGUAUAGAACUGUACGCUGGUAAAGGAACUAUACACAACGUCGCACUCAACACUGAGACUCUUAACGAUUUACUCGACCAGCUCAACCUACCUUUCGAGAUAACUGAGGGUUUUAUUGGGCGUGUUUCAAUAGACGUGCCCUGGCAAGCCCUGGUGUCGAGCAGCACUAACGUGGAGGUGGAGGGGCUGGAGAUAACAGUGCAACCUAAACACUACUGUGCAACUGCAACAACCAGCAUGAUGGACUCUGUAAGAAACAUGACAUCCAGUCUGGUUCUAGCACAGCAUGUUAUGGAGGAGGAGGUGGACACUAAACUAGAGGGACUGGAAGCGUUCGCUCACAUGAUAGAGAGCGUGCUGUCACGUGUUACUUGCUCCUUCAGCAACACUGCUAUUAGACUGCAGAGCAGAGACACUUCUAUUGGGGUUGGCCUGGAACUUGUUAUUGAUAAGAUAAACUAUUUUGACGAGAGAGAGCAGGAAGUAACCUCAGUAUUAGAAGAGGACGCCAACAAGUACAUCCCCACUUCUAUUGCUCACAAAGUGAUCUUGUGGAGUGGCAUUUCCAUCAGAGUGUCUGAGACUUCUCCUACUCCGCUCUUUUCUUAUUUUAACGAGAGCGACGAAGACAGAGAAGAGGAGACACCCCCACAGACCACACAACCUAAUGUUAUAGCUAAAUUCUUGGGAGAGCAAGAGAUAAAAAUACAUCUGAAGAUAAAUGACCAACUCCCUGGGCCUAAGCUGGACAUGGAGUGUAAUGUAGGGAGUAUACACGCUAUGCUGUCUCCACAUGAUGUACACAUAUUAUCAGAUCUUAUCCACAGUAUCAACACAACUUUAUCAGACAGUAGGAAGGAGGCUACUCCUCUAAGAUGCCAGAAGAUGAGUAACGAUGAUUUCGCAAAGUUAGAACAGGAACUACAUACCAACCAUAUCAAGGGUAGAGGUUUGUCUCAUGAGGGGUUCGAGAGUGAUUUCUUCUACUCUAUGCACUCAGGUCCUACCCCCUUCCCUAACCUCGACCUUCCUCCUCUAGAUACUGAUAUGCAGAGUAUACCACUGGGAGGGGCAGCAGAUAAACCAGUUCUAAACACUACAUCUCACCGCGCAACUCCUAAACAACAGAAACACAGCGAACUACUUGAGGAUCAGAUCGUGGUACAACUAAAUGUGCGAUAUAUCGCGGUUACACUGUUACAUCAGAACUUAACCAGUGUCAGUGUUAGUGGCGAUCUCUCCCAACCUAACCUACCUAUUGAACCUAUGGUCACUUUAUCUGCCAAGUACUUUGCUGAGGUAGCUGAUCAAGUAACGAACAAUUACGAGAACGACUCCGCAUGCAUUCGCGCCUCCUUAAACAAGGUGUGUCCUCAUGAUCAUCUGUUCCUUGUUUCUGUGAAUACGAACUUUAGACUAGAGCUUAUGACUACCACUCAACAUAUAGAUACGAGUGCGUCACUGUCGAUUGUAAGAUGCGAGAUUGAAGAAGCCUUAUUCAGUUCUCUCACAGAAACAAACCUUUCUUCGCCCAACAUACAACCGGUACUACUAUUGGAUCAAAGAGAAACGAGAGCUACUAGUGGAUCUAUCUACCACCCUACUUCACCUGCUCUCAAUCUUAUCUUCAAAUCUACUACUGCUAACGAAGAGUACAGAACGAACUUCCAGCUGGAUUUAGGAAGUUUGUCAAUAAUAGCAGAUAUAACUAUGUUAGACAGAGUCGGGGUCUUCCACAAACCACAGAACUCCAAGAGGACCGUGCAUCUCCCUACAGUACCUGGGCAAGAUCUUCACCUUCCCACAGCUAGUAUGGUAAGACAAGACAUUUACGAGCAAGUGAUGGGAGAAGACUGGUCGAAUGACAGAUACCAGGAAAUAUUUGUAUCAACAUGUACCUGUAACUCUAUAUCAAUCACAUUUAGGUUCCCUAUCCCGGAUAUGCGGCCCUCAGCUCAGAGAACGUGGUGGGCUCCUGCACUGCGCGCUGAUUACGUUGUUAUUCACAUAGACGAGGCAACUGCGGAGUACAAUACACUUAGUGCGCCUGCUAGUUUCACUGCUGAGUUCACUAAACUAAACUGUGAAUAUCUGGAGAACAGUGAUAGUGACCCCAUACAGUUCCUGUUAGUCGGGUCGUUAGAGGAGGAACCAGAUAGACGUCCUAGGAUUGUAAUAAAGACAAGUCAAGUAACGGACAGCUCCCUCCUUGUAGCUCACAGUCCCUCUCCGCCUCCUUCUCUUGACAACAUUCUACACAUGCCCGAGAGCAAACCCUCCCCAUUCGCCAGUAAACGUGUCAUGUACGAGUCUCAAGAGCUGGUAAUGCCCGGUAGUCGUCCUGAAAUGGAUCUGUUUGAGAAAGGAGUGAAAGAGAACAGUAGAUUGAGUCUAGAGUUUUGCAUUCCAGAGCUGCUCAUCUAUCUCCAGGAUAAACAGUUCUUCGAGGUCCUCUACAACAGGAUAUUCACUGACCUAUGUUUGUGGACUCCUGGCUGUCCUGUAGUUCAAGAAACAAACGUGAAGUUGGAACCGGAGAUCUUCAAAAUGUGCACCAGUACUGCUCACAGAGAAUCAGACUCAGACGAGGAGGAGAACGGAGGAGAAUAUAAUGCUCCAGUUUACAGAUCUCCUCAACACUCCAGCUCGUGGCUUUCUCUCUCGUUUGACAUACAGCAGAGCAGAGUGUCACUAAACUGCACAGUCCCUCCUACUCCCGAACAGUCCCCAUUACAUGUUAACCCUACUGGUGAGCUGCUGCUGGAGAUAAUAAACACUCACAUCUUUACUGUUAUGGAGCAUGAAGGAGAUCCGGACACUUCCUACUUUUCAGUGAGCUCGGAAACUGGCACACUUCUACACGGCAACAACUCUCCAGUUGGUGUGUCCACCUCCACUCUAACCGGCUCCUUCAUAAACACAACACAACUUAACGAGAUACUCUACACUCUACCUUCUCGUCUCACUAAUCUCCUGCCGGACAGUAACAAAGAUUACGGAUUCUUUACUCUAGCUUCUAAAGUCUUCUUUGACCAGAGCAAGAAUAUUAAAGAGAUAACGCUAGCUGUUGCUUUACAAAACGUGUGUCACAGAGUCUACGUAAAGCCCAGGGAGGAAACAUUCGCCUUACAACUUAUGGAGUUCUUUGAUGUUCAGGACUACACUGUACCGGGUUACAAGCUGCCUCUCAGUGUUACUUCACUACACACUCACUUGUGGAACCUGGCUGUUGAUUACAGGCCUCUUUACCUACCUUGGAAGCUACUUCUUACAGUUCAGAGUCUAGGUAUCAGCAGUAAUCUAGCUCUAGAAAGUUCUGUAACUUCUCUGAGAGUGCUAUUAGAAGACUUGUCAUUGUAUCUAGCUCCUGGUAGUGAGGAUGAGACCCCUGUUACUGACUACGUGAAGCUCAUAGACCUGGACCUGUUUGAGCUGAUGAUAAAGAUGCUGAUCUCGCCCAAUGAGAAGUCUCCACAGUUUGAGAUUGAUAUAAAGAACAACAUGUUACAUAUUGGCACGUGCGCGGACGCGUGCGCGGCUCUUAGAGACCUUCUUGUGUACAUCUCUAGUGAGGGUGACCUAUAUGACCCCGGAGAGUGGACUAACACUAGUUCGGAGGAACUGCCCCGUACUACGCGUGUCCGGGAACACAGCAGCUCAGAUGAUAUCCCCUCUAUGAUGAAGUCAGCUGUUAACACGGAGAUAAAGAGAACGUCCUCCUCUAAUCACGAGCUCAGUUCUAACAAAACAGAGCUGGUUACUCCAGCUUACAGUAGGCAGACGUUUACGUUUCCUGAUGACUGCCCUACAGCUGUACUUAACACUGAAAAUGAUAUCGCUAAUGCUGUUGACGAUGAUAGCGAGGAUUUGCCGAUUAGUGUUAAAACUCCUUACAGUACUCUGAACAGCGUUAGUGAAGCUAUGCAGUCAGCUAUGGACGAGGAGAGCGAGGACCAGGAAUUCUUCGUAGUCGAGAGUGAGUUAGUGGAGACCAUGGUUGCUAAGGGACAAUUUGUUAUAAAGAAGUUAGUGGACACUCCUUGCAAACUUGUGGAGGAUCAUCUGACUUUACCUGAAGAUACUGACCAGCUCAAAUCUCCCCCUCACUUCCCUCUCCCUCUCUCCAGAAUCACGAUAAAGGAACUGUCCCUGCAGUGGAUAAUGUACGGAGGUAACGACUUCCCCGCUCAGGAACCUCGCUCCUUGCCCGGCACUCCUAGAUCAGACAGAUCGCGUACUACCAGUGAAUCAGGUGGCAGAGAGCGGAGAAACAGUCCUAAUAAGAACCAUGAAGUUGGACGGAACAAGUCCGAACAGAUGGAGUUUCAGAUUAAUAAAAUAAAACUCAGAUUCGAGCAGUAUCCUGAAACUGCACUUCAGAUAUUCAGACUGUGCCUGAUACUAACUGAUGUAGAAAUCAGAGACAAGAUGGGUUCUAGUAACUUCAACAAGUUCCUCUAUCAGUACAGUACAGACGAGAACCCCCGACCCUCCAGAACCCCCAUGCUCUCUGUUAAAGUAGUCCACAACAGAUCGGAAGAGCUAACAGAAGAUGCGAUAAUCCGAGUAUCACUCCUCCCUCUCCGAUUUAACAUCGACCAGGACGCACUCAUCUUCAUGUUCAACUUCUUCAACAACAUGUCCGAGAUAGCGCCCUACCGGCGUGCGCGCGUUCCUACCCGUGCGUCUCCUAGCAACCCUCCCUGUACAACCUCUACUACCAGAACAGUGGCUGAGGAGCCGCUCUCUUUCGGUAAAAGUUCAGCAGUGGUAGGCAAGACAACCGCGUGUGCUGUGUCGGAGAGGGGAGGUGUGACGGCACCAAUGACGUCAUCAUCUCGUGGGAGUAUGACGUCAUCAGCAUCCUCUUCUCUACACGCUAGAUCUACUGCUGCAUCAGGGUCUGUCUGUGGGACUACAUUACCAGCAGAGUCCAACCGGUCGACACCCGACAUUGAAGAUACUCCCACUUUUAUCAAAGCGUUUGUUUUCUCUCCUGAGGUGCCUAUCAGAGUGGACUACAAGGGAAAGAACAUAAGAGGAGAUAAGAAUUUAAUCAGUAAUCCAGUGACUAAUCUGCUGAUAGGAUUGGCUCAGCUCAAUUGUUCAGAACUCAGACUCAAAUCCCUUUGUUACAGACAGGGUUUAUUGGGCUACUCUCGACUCUUAGAAUGGGCUACGAAUCAGUGGGUAAAUGACAUAAAGACAUCCCAACUACCUUCCAUUUUAGGGGGAGUCGGACCAAUGCACUCCUUCAUUCAGCUGUUCUCAGGAGUGGUGGAUCUGGUCUACUUGCCAGUGCAGCAGUACAGGGAGGAUGGUAGGAUAGUGAGAGGACUGCAGAGAGGGGCUAACAGUUUUACACACAGUACUGCUGUCUCACUCUUACAGCUCACAACUAAACUAUUCUCCUCAAUUCAGUGUGUGGCUGAGGUAACGUACGACCUAGUGUCUCCGUCCCAACACAGAAGGAGUUCUCCCUCGUUCCAGCACCCAGCUGAUCUUAGAGAGGGUCUAGUUAACGCUUACCAGGUAGUGACGACUGAUAUCAGUUCCCGAGCUAGCAGUAUCCAGCACGCAGCUCUCUAUAACCACACGACUAAAGGAAUUACUUCUGCUGUAGGGGGGGUCCUCAGAGAGAUUCCUCCCACCCUGUUACUCCCCUUUAUAACUCUUCCUAAAGUUAUUACACAGCUUUCUAACGGCGCGCAGAACCAUCUCAAACCCAGUACCCUGAAAGAGCGCGAAGAAAAGUAUCGAUCUACGUAAAAAUCUGUAAUUUUGCCCUAUCUUCUAAGUGCAGAACCCGUUAAGUAAACAAGACAACUGUUAAGUAAACAAGACAACUGAUUUAUUUACAGAUUUUUACGUGAAAUUUGAUUGUUUAAGUUAAAAACCAAAGCCGUGUUAAAUCUUAUAUUUACUGUUGUUUUUUUUAAAGGUUUGGUGAGUUGAAUUUUUGUUUAUGUUAAUAAACUUGAGACCCACCUGAAAAUCUUAAAGUCAACUUCAAGACAACAAAGUUCUGUCCAAGUUUACAAUCUGAUUUGCGAGAAUUUUUAUGAGAAAAACAAAUGAACAUUUAUCAAGCAAAGUUUUUUUGAUUAUGUUUAAGUUUAAUAGAAAACUCAUUUAUUGUUUCAGUCGAAAAACUUGUAGUUGUAAAUUUUGAUGUACGAUUCUAAUUGUCCAGGUGAUAAUUUGUAAUUGAAAUGUAAUUUGUUUUCGUUAAAUGUAA